AAUAAAAUAAAAGAAUGUGUUUGCGGAAUCCCCAAGCCAAGAUUCUCUUUUUUAUCUCUCUCUAGUCUCUAUCCAUUUCCUACCCCAAACAUUUUGGAAAAAAUUCACCCUUACACGAUGAGGAUGAGAGAGAAACACAAUCCCUUUUAAUCCAACAUAUGUUGGCAACCAUUUUAUCUGCUUGCGCUGUUUGUGGGUGCGUUUUUGACAGUAUCCACUUUCCUCGUUUUCCAAAGGGGAAAAAAGCGAGCUAAAAUCGUUACUUUAAAUUUCAAGAAACCGACCCACAAAGAGAAGAAUAAUAAAGAUUUGCUCUUUCCCCACUUCCUAAAUUUGGAGAAACAGUGGGGAAAAAGAAAGAGAGACAGUUGAGAUGGGAAUCAUCUAUGAAGAUGCAGUUGUGAUUAAAGAAGCUGAAGGGGAUUGUGAGCACACUGUGAUCACUGUGAAUUGCCCAGAUAAAACUGGGCUUGGUUGUGAUCUGUGUAGAAUUAUAUUACUUUUUGGGAUUAGCAUUGCUAGAGGAGACGUUUCUACGGAUGGUAAAUGGUGUUACUUGGUUUUCUGGGUUGUUGGUAAGCCCACGACUAGGUGGAACCUCUUGAAGAAUAGGCUGCUUGAGGUUUGCCCUACUUGUACUCCAUCAGCAUCCGGGAUAUUCUACUAUAUCCCGGAAUUUCAGCAGCCAAGACCCCCGGAGGUUUUCCUGCUCAAGUUUUGGUGCUCUUAUGACCGGAAAGGCCUUUUACAUGAUGUCACUGAGGUUCUCUGUAAGCUGGAGCUAACAAUAAAAAGAGUCAAAGUUUACACGGCACCUGAUGGAAGAGUGAUGGACCUCUUCUUUGUCACAGAUACGAGGGAACUACUUCGUACAAAUACAAGGCGGGAUGAAACGAUCAAGUGCCUAACGGUUGUACUAGGCGAUGCCAUGAUGAGUUGUGAUAUCGAGUUGGCUGCUCCGGAAGUUGCUUCGUGCUUGCAGUCAUUCCUUCCAUCUUCGGUUUCGGAAAACAUCUCGAGUCCAGCUCUUUCUGGCGAACAUUCGGCCGGGAUACUGGCCUCCGAUUCUGUAUCCAUCGCGUUUGAUAACUCCCUCAGCCCUUCUCACACCCUGGUUCAGAUCUUCUGCCAGGAUCACAAGGGCCUCAUUUAUGAUAUCAUGAGAACACUCAAAGAUUACAACAUCCAGAUCUCCUACGGCCGUUUCUUCGCGAAUCCCAAAGGGAACUGCGAGAUGGACUUGUUCCUAAUGCAUGCCGAUGGUAAGAAGAUAACAGACACGCACAAGAAGAACGCCCUGAGCUCUCGACUGGAAAUGGAGCUCGUCCACCCUCUUCGAGUAGACGUUGUGAGCAGGGGUCCCGAGACCGAGCUGCUGGUGGUCAACCCUGUCGAGCUGUCAGGCAGGGGCCGGCCUCUCGUGUUCUACGACAUCACCCUCGCCCUCAAGAAUCUCAACAUAAGCAUAUUUUCAGUCGAGAUAGGUAGACAUAGAAUCAACGAUCGGGAAUGGGAAGUGUACAGGAUCCUGCUCGACGAAUGCGACUGUUUAUCCGCCACUCGAGACGAGAUCAAAGAAUGUGUGAGGAAGAAGCUGAUGGGUUGGGAAUGAUUAAGGUAGUUUGGACUUUGAUUUUCUCAGGCCAUUUACUGUAUAGAAUGUGGUGCAAGUGUUUGUUGAAAUUUCCUCUUUGUAUCAUCUACCAACCUCAUGCUGGGGAUAGAAACUUGUGUAAAUUAUUAUUCAAAGCAUCGUGUAAAUGAGUAACUUCAUUUUUUCAUCA